AUGGUGGUCUUUAAUUUCUACUCCGCUGCCUGUGUGCUGCUGCUGACGACCCUGAGCUGGCCCGCGGCCACAGGACUCCCGGUGAUCAGCACCCUGAGCCCAGAGAAGUGCGGAGACUCGUUCAAGGACCUCCUUGGAAAUAUCAAAGAGCUUCUCCGGCUCCGCAGUGAUGUUUUGUGUCACGGCAUCGCCUCUGACACAAUGGAGGUUAGGAGUAAACCUGACACGGUGCUGGCCUGCGCACCCAUACCGACUCAGAACUCAGGCUGUAUGAGGCAAAGAAAUUCCUCCUUCAGUGAGAGUGACUGUCUGACGAAUAUCAUGGAGGACUUGGCCCACUAUGAUGCUGCUAUUAAGUCCUACAUCAACUCCACACUCAGAAGUCAUGAGGAAGAAGUUGCGCUGAGACCAACUCUAACAAUAAUACAGAGCCUGAGGAAGAACUGCUCCCUGGUGCCGAAUGGAGUGCGCACGUCUUCAGAGGAGAACGCUGCCCAGAUGUGGGGAAAUGACACCUUCAGUAACAGGCAGAAGAUGUGCAAGAUGAUGCGGGGCUUCCACGUGCGAACCAUCACCAUCAACCGAGCUCUGGGCUACAUCUCCUCAGGAGAACACAGGAAGUGAACAUCCUGCAACCUCCUCGUCACUACCAUCAUUCCAAUAAUGCCACACUAUCUCUCCACCUUAAUUUAUCCAACCAAGCUAUCCUGAUCAUUCACUAACAUCAUCAACGACCAACCAAGUAUCGCAUUCCAGUGCACACGCUGCACAGCCGGGUUCCUGAUCACUGCGCAGGCAUAAGCUAGCUGGCCAGACUGCAGCCUCUUCACUCCGUGACAGCUGUUGGCCCAUUUAAAUGUAUUCCAAUAUUUGGGGGAAAUUUAUCUAUUUAUUUGAGAUCUAUUUAUUACAUGUAUUUAU